GCAUGUUGCCUAAACUGAACGCCGCAAACUAGGAACGGAAUGACAGAUGUCAGAUCACAAAUUGUGGUAGUGUCAAGUCGUGUGUAUUGUGCGGUACUUGUUUUAAUUUGUGAUAGGUACAGAUUUAUUCCCUGGAUAUAGCACAAUGUUCAAAAAGUUUGACGAGAAGGAGAGCAUCUCAGGUGUGCAGCAGCUCAAGUCCUCGGUGCAGAAGGGAAUCCGAGCUCGUCUGCUGGAGCUGUACCCCCAUCUGGAAAACUACAUCGACCAGGUGCUGCCCAAGAAAGAUACCUUCAGGAUUGUUAAAUGUCACGACCACAUCGAGAUCAUGGUGAACAGCGCCGGGGAGCUACUCUUCUUCAGACAUCGCGAGGGACCCUGGAUGCCCACGCUCAGGUUACUGCAUAAAUAUCCCUUCUUCCUGCCAAUGCAGCAGGUCGACAAAGGUGCUAUUCGCUUCGUGCUCAGCGGCGCCAACAUCAUGUGUCCAGGGCUCACGUCGCCUGGUGCUAGGAUGUCUUCCGUGGAGAAGGGGCAGGUGGUAGCCGUCAUGGCGGAGGGGAAGGAGCACGCGUUAGCUGUGGGGAUGACGUCACUGUCGACUGAUGAUAUAGCAAAAGUCAACAAAGGUGUGGGCAUAGAGAACUGCCAUUAUUUGAAUGACGGGCUGUGGCAGAUGAAACCAGUGAAAUAAAAACGCAGACACUUCAACUAUAUUAUUAUGUAACUUAUUUUUAAGGUUUAUAAAAUAAAUAUUGUAUACAGUAACAAAAAA